UUUCUGAUUUCAUUUAAAAAUGGCGCCUGCUCAUGGAUCUAGCAACAAGCAGGACUCUGCUCUGUUAGAUGAGAUCAAGAAGAACCACAAGAAGACGGGGGAUUUGUUCGUGGACAAGGACUUCCCAGCCAAUGACGCAUCACUCUACUUCGAAGAGACACCCCCCAUGGAGUUCAAGUGGAUGCGACCCAAGGACAUUGCACCCAAUCCACAGCUUUUCGAUGCAGGCGCAGACAGAUCCGACAUAGAACAGGGAUACCUAGGCGACUGUUGGCUGCUCGCCUCCCUCUCCUGUCUGUCGAUGAGACCGAAACUGUUGAGCAGAGUGGUGCCCUCCGACCAGGGAUUCGACAAGGCCAACUACUGUGGCGCAUUCCACUUCUACUUCUGGAGAGCAGGGGAGUGGAUGGAAGUGAUUGUGGAUGAUCAGUUGCCCACUCACAAUGGCAAACUAGUCUUCACCCACUCGAAAUCUGUGAACGAGUUCUGGACUGCACUGGUGGAGAAAGCAUACGCAAAGAUCUUCGGUACCUUUGAGGCUCUGAAGGGGGGCAACAUGGCAGAGGCGAUGGAGGACUUCACGGGGGGACUUACUGAGCCAUACGAGUUGAAUGACGCCCCAAAACACCUGUUUAAGCUGAUGGAGCAUGCAUUUGAGCGGGACAGCAUGAUCGGCUGCUCCAUCCCCCCUCAGCCGGGGGUGGUGGAGGCGGAGCUGCAGAGUGGACUCAUAGCCGGACAUGCGUACUCAGUCACUGCUGUCAAGAAGGUGACGCUGCGUGGCCAGGAGAUGCACAUGGUCCGCAUCAGGAACCCUUGGGGCAACAGCGAGUGGAAUGGGCCAUGGAGUGACGAUUCUCCUGAGAUGAAAGGACUUUCCGAUAAAGAGAGACAGGCGCUGGAGUUGAAGAAGGAAGACGACGGGGAGUUCUGGAUGAGCUUCAAGGACUUCAAACAACACUACACCACCAUUGAGAUCUGCAACAUGAGCCCGGAUGCAGUGACGGGGGAGUCUGCGGCUGAACUGGCCAAGAAGAAGUGGGUCACCACAGUGGAGCACAAGGCAUGGAUCAAAGGCUCAACUGCAGGGGGGUGCAGGAACAAUAAGGAAACGUUCCACAAGAACCCCCAGGUGUUUGUGCGUCUGGAUGAGGCAGAUGAUGACGACAAAGAUGAAGGCUGCACUCUGAUAGUUGCCCUGUACCAGAAGGGUACUAGAACUGGACGCAGUCUGGGCAAGAAGCCGCUCACUAUCGGAUUCGCCAUCUACGAGAUCUCGGAGGAGUACAAGAAGAAGAGUGGGUACGUGGCAGGCACUGACCUCGAGAAGAAGUUCUUCCUCACCCGCAAGAUGACAGAGAAGAGUCCCUCCUACAUCAACAGCAGAGAGAUUGUGGGCAGAUACAAGCUGAAGCCUGGCGAUUACGUCAUCGUGCCAUCAACUUUCGAAGCGAAUGAACAGGGAAACUUCAUGUUGAGAAUUUACACGGAGAAGAAGAUUGAAUCACAAGCUUUGGACCAGCCGACGGACUACAAACCAACUACAAAGCUAUCGGGAAAUGAGACUUUGAAGCCUCUGACCUCGACUGAGAAGGGACAAUACGAUGAUUUGAAGAAGAAGUUCGCUCAAAUUGCAGGAGAGGACAUGGAGGUGGAUGCUUUCGAGCUGGAAGAGAUGAUGAACUCCACCGAUGCUCUGAAGGAAGUGAAGACUGGCAACUUCUCCAUCGACGCCUGCAGGACUAUGGUCGCCAUCUAUGACAGUGACAUGUCUGGCAAACUGGGCUUCCAGGAGUUCUCUGAGCUGUGGGUGUACAUUUGCAUGUGUAAGAAGGUCUUCAUAGAAUACGACCAAGACAAGAGCGGAUCUUUCUCCUCAUUUGAGCUGCAGGAUGCCCUGAAGUACCUGGGCUACUCGCUGGACAGCAUGACCUUCUCUUGUGUGGUGACCAGAUAUGCGAACAGACAGAACCAGAUAGACUUCAACGACUUCGUCAUGAUUGCAUGCAAACUUAGAUCCACUUUCGAGCGAUUUGAUGCAAACAAAAAUGGGAAAGGCAAAGGUGAAGUCGACUUGAAACAUUGGGUGCAACUCAACAUGUACAGCUAAACUCACAGUGCUGUCAGCCGUGCAAGUGCAUCCGUGCAACAAUGCAAACCGUGCAAAACUCACAGAAUUGAGCAUCAAACUCAAUCGGAGUCAAAACAAUCUCAUCCUUUCACAUUGAACUUAAAAUUAAUUUAAGAAAAUCAUUUCAAAAGUUUGACAACCGACCUUUUUUUGAACGUAAAUGAGCAUCAAAAAGUGAAAUUUG